UGUCAUCAACAGGAUGUCCUUACAGAGCUUUGAGGGUCUAGUGAAUAUCAUAUCCUAACUCACCGUGCCUUAUAGCAUUCCCCCCUCACACCAUCGUCACCAUGCCUGCCCUGUCGCCUACAAUGACUGCAGGAAACAUUGGCACAUGGCAGAAGAAAGUUGGCGACACGAUAAGCCCUGGAGAUGUGCUAGUGGAGAUCGAAACCGACAAGGCUCAGAUGGAUUUUGAGUUCCAGGAGGAAGGUGUUCUCGCUAAGAUUUUGAAGGAGGCUGGUGAGAAGGACAUUUCCGUCGGAAACCCCAUCGCCGUCAUGGUCGAGGAAGGAGUCGACAUCGCACCCUUUGAAUCAUUCACCCUCGAGGAUGCUGGUGGUGCGCCAGGAAAGGUUCCGCCCGCCGAUCAGGGCGGUAAGGAUGCCCCCGAGUCUUCCAAGGGACCUGGAGACGAUGUUUCCAUGCCUCCCCCUUCGUCUCUCGAAGGUAAGCCGGCCGCUGAGGAGCCUGAGGUUACCGGAGAGAAGCUGCAACCGGCUCUCGACCGAGAGCCUCUUAUCAGCCCGGCUGCCAAGGCACUGGCCCUCGAGAAGGGUGUUCCAAUCAAGGCGCUUAAAGGCACCGGAAAGGGCGGCGUGAUCACCAAGGAGGACGUUGAGAAGUACAAGCCCAGCGCGACUGCUGCUGCGGCCGGUCCUACCUACGAGGACAUUCCUCUCACUGCCAUGCGCAAGACCAUUGCUAGCCGUCUCCAGCAGUCCGUGAGGGAGAACCCCCACUACUUCGUCUCUGCUACCCUGUCCGUAAGCAAGCUCCUGAAGCUCCGCCAGGCCCUCAACGCCUCUUCCGAGGGCAAGUACAAGCUGUCCGUGAACGACUUCCUGGUGAAGGCUUGUGCUGUCGCUCUGAUGAAGGUGCCCGCUGUCAACUCCAGCUGGCGUGAGGAGAACGGCCAGGUCGUCAUCCGCCAGCACAAGACCGUCGACAUUAGCGUCGCUGUUGCUACCCCUGUUGGCCUGAUCACCCCUGUCGUGAAGAACGUGCAGGGCCUCGGUCUCUCCAGCAUCUCUAACCAGAUCAAGGAGCUUGGCAAGCGCGCUCGCGACAACAAGCUUAAGCCCGAGGAGUACCAGGGCGGCACCUUCACCAUCAGCAACAUGGGUAUGAACCCGGCCGUCGAGCGAUUCACCGCCGUUAUCAACCCACCCCAGGCGGGUAUUCUGGCUGUCGGUACCGUCCGCAAGGUCGCUGUUCCCGUCGAGACUGAGGAGGGUACCUCUGUUGAGUGGGACGAUCAGAUCGUAGUCACCGGAAGCUUCGACCACAAGGUUGUCGACGGUGCUGUUGGAGGUGAAUGGAUCAAGGAGCUGAAGAAGGUUGUCGAGAAUCCCCUGGAGCUGCUUCUGUAGACAGCUUAAACCUUUGAUAUGAUGCAGCCACGUAGGGGACUGUCUUUUUAGCCGUUUGAUAAUCUGUACCAAAAUCGUUUCUCUGUUCUUCCACGGAGCGGCCCGUCUGCCGUGAUC